AUGGGCAGCCAGUAUCCACCAAAUUAUAUGUAUCAAUAUCCGCCGCAGCCUUACUACGGUCAACCGCCCCCAGCGGUUUACUAUCAACCUCACCCCAACCCUAAAGCCAAGCCUCCGGGAACCAGCGGUUGCCUACGUUGUAUAUGCUGCUGCUAUAACUGUCUUGUGUGUUUGAUUCUCGCCUCUUUCGCAAUAUCCAUAUUCAUUCUCGUAUAUUACGAACCCGAAAUACCUGUCUACGAACUCAAGGAUUUCCAAGUGAAGAAAUUUGAUAUCAAGGGCAAUAUCCUCGAAACCGACAUUGCCGUUUCGAUCCAUGCGACCAACACCAACAGCAAAAUCGAGCUGAGGUACGCCAAGGACAACUCCAUCGAUGUCGAGUACUGGGAGACGAAGAUCUGUUCGGGUUCGUUCCCGUCUUUCUUGCAACCGACGAAGAACACUACGAUGGUGCACGCGUCGUUGGAAGGGAAGACAGAGGUGAGCCAAGGUUUCCAGGACUCAAUCGACAGAGACCAGAUGGAGGGGAGGAUCCCAUUAGAUAUAGAGAUAGAAGUGUCCAUAAUAUUUGUGAUUGAAGGAAUUAAUUGGAUUAAGAUGGAGACGAAGAUGAAGUGCAUCUUAGUCGUUGACAGUUUGAAGUCAGAUAAAAAAACCAAGAUUUUUUAUAAGAAAUGUGGGAUUAAGCUUUAG